AUGUCCCAACUAACAUUCACCCACCCCACCGCCCUCCUCCUAAUCGACAACCAAAAUGGCUUCACCCACCCAACCCACUGGGGUCCAUCCCGCUCCAACCCCAACUACGAAGCCAACAUCCAAUCCCUCCUCACCACCAUCCGCAACACCCUCACCACAUCCCCAUCUCCAUCAUUUCAACAACAACAUCAUCACCACGAAAUAAUCCACAUCUUCCACUCCUCCACAACGCCCACCUCCCCCCUACACCCAACCUACACCACUCCCACAGGAGAGCAAGGCAUCGACCCCCUCCCAAUCUGCAACCCACUUCCCACCGAGAAACAGAUCUGGAAACAUGUCAAUUCCUCAUUCAUUGGCACCGAACUGGAAGAAUAUCUCCGCGAGAAGGGGAUACGGCAGUUGAUUGUGGCUGGGUUGACGACGGAUCAUUGUGUGUCGACGACGGUGCGGAUGGCGGCGAAUUUGGGGGUUGUGGAUAGAAGGAAGACCAUUAAGAAUGUGGAAGGGAAUGAGGUGUUAGGGAAGCAAGAUGACGAGGUGGAUAAAGGUCGGAUUAUUCUUGUUAGUGAUGCCACUGCUACAUUUGCCAAGGGGGGAUGGGAUGCCGAGACGGUGCAUCAGGUGUCGGUGGCGAGUUUGGAUGGGGAGUUUGCGGAGGUGAGAGGGGUGGGGGAGGUGGUGAGAGCGUUGGAGGAGUAUUCUGCUUCGAACUAG